AUGUCAAACGUCGGAGAUAAUCUCCACAUGUGUUAUGGCAGCCGCUGCUUGCGUCGUAUGUAUGUAUGCACGAUGGUAGAUGUUGUUCCAAAGAAAGAAACGAAGAAAGGUGAAGGGCAAGAAAGUUGACGAUCAUGUAGCUUGCAUUACCACUUGAAAGUUGAAGACCAGCGAAUUCGAGUUUGCACUAAGAUGUUCCAGAACACGCUCCAAAUCCCCCAUCGCACGAUUCUCUACUGGUUAGAUAAGGGAAAGGACGGAAUGAUAGGAUCAACCAAAUACUCACCAAUGCAAGAAAGAACCAAAGGGAAAAUGCACAUGACAAGGAGAGAGUUUGCUUGGCUAAUAUCUUUGUCGAUCAAUUGGAUAAAGUCCCGUCACAUUACUGUCGAAAGUCGUCAACAAAGAAAUACCUUUGGCCAUAUGACUUCAAAAGUGCACAGGAUGUGUAUACUAACUAUCGCAAGUGGAUUGAAGAAAAUUACAACAACAGUCAACUGCUGUCAGCAACGACCUUCAAAAGUAUUUUAAAGGAAGAGAAUAUUGAAAUUUGGCAACCUAAAAAGGACCAAUGUGACACUUGUAUCAGCUAUAACCAAGGUAAUAUAUCCGAAGAAACUUACAUGGCGCACAUUGAUCUCAAGAACAAAGCACGACAAGAAAAGGAAAACGACAAAGAUGAAGCAUCGAAAUCAAGCAACAAAAUAGUUAUGAUAACAGUAUAG